UACUUUAAUCAUCUAAUUACAAUCUUCCUUCAUUGGAUCUGAAGCUGAAGCAGUUUCCAGGAAAAGUGGAAAACCUUGAAGCUAAAGGAACUUCAAAGAGACAAACAAUGGGUCAAUCUUGUUUCUUCAGAGUUCUUCUUGUUUCCUCUCUUUUACUACUCAUCUUCUUCUCCACUGCCAUGGGGAGAAACUUGCGAACUGCAAAGUUGUCAGGAGUUUACACUACUGCUGAGCUUUUUUCUUUCAGGGAAGGCAUGAUGACGAGGAAGAUGAUGGAGCUGAUGGAUUACGGGCCGACGGGGUCUAACACCAAUUGGAAUGGUUUUGUUGCAUCUCCUCCUCCCCAAUCCCCUCCACUUGAAUAAUACAAAGCUUCUUUUAAAUUUGUUUCCUUUUUUUUUUGUCCGAACACAAAAAUGGGUUGGUGUCUGAUAUUUUUGCAAUAAAUAAAUAACAAUAUGUAAUUUGAAAAUUCUAUAUAUUUAUUGUAAGCUAA